AUGUUUCCUUUCUUGAGCUUCAAUAUAAACGGACUCAAUCCGACCGCCCAUUACAACGUGUUCGUAGAGGUGGUGCUGGCGGACCCCAACCACUGGCGCUUCCAGGGGGGCAAGUGGGUGACCUGUGGCAAAGCCGACAAUAACAUGCAGGGCAACAAAAUGUAUGUUCACCCAGAGUCUCCGAAUACUGGCUCGCACUGGAUGAGACAGGAGAUUUCUUUUGGGAAAUUAAAACUCACCAAUAACAAAGGCGCAAAUAACAACAAUACUCAGAUGAUCGUGUUACAGUCUUUGCACAAAUACCAACCACGACUGCACAUUGUGGAAGUCUCAGAGGAUGGUGUGGAGGAUUUAAACGAGCCCUCAAAGACCCAGACCUUUACCUUCCCGGAAACGCAGUUCAUCGCUGUGACUGCCUACCAAAACACCGACAUUACGCAACUAAAAAUUGACCAUAAUCCCUUUGCCAAAGGCUUCAGGGACAACUAUGAUUCCAUGUACACCGCUUCAGAAAAUGACAGGUUAACUCCAUCUCCCACGGAUUCUCCUAGAUCCCAUCAGAUUGUCCCCGGAGGUCGGUACGGCGUUCAGUCCUUCUUCCCGGAGCCCUUUGUCAACACUUUACCUCAAGCCCGAUAUUAUAAUGGCGAGAGAACCGUGCCACAGACCAAUGGCCUCCUUUCACCCCAACAGAGCGAAGAGGUGGCCAACCCUCCCCAGCGGUGGCUUGUCACGCCUGUGCAGCAACCUGGGACCAACAAACUAGACAUCAGUUCCUAUGAGUCCGAAUAUACCUCUAGCACCUUGCUCCCAUAUGGUAUUAAAUCCUUGCCCCUCCAGACAUCCCAUGCCCUGGGGUAUUACCCGGACCCCACUUUCCCUGCUAUGGCAGGGUGGGGAGGUCGAGGUUCUUAUCAGAGGAAGAUGGCGGCUGGACUACCAUGGACCUCCAGAACCAGCCCCCCUGUUUUCCCUGAAGAUCCACUCUCUAAGGAUAAAGUCAAAGAAGAAAUAAGCUCUUCUUGGAUAGAGACGCCUCCUUCCAUCAAGUCCCUAGAUUCUAAUGAUUCCGGGGUAUACACCAGUGCUUGUAAGCGAAGGCGGCUGUCUCCUAGCACCUCCAGUAAUGAAAAUUCCCCCUCCAUAAAGUGUGAGGACCUUAAUGCCGAAGAAUACAGUAAAGACACUUCCAAAGGCAUGGGGGGAUAUUACGCUUUUUACACAACUCCCUAAAGAAUUAUUUUAACCUCGUUAAAGUCAGCUAACUUUUUGCAGAUGGACUUGGUGUGUGGUUUUUUGUUGUUGUUGUUGUUGUUGUCUUCUUUGUCUAGGUUGCCAAAAAAGACGUUUUGCCUCCCACCUUGAUGCAUCCCCGUUUUGUGCAAUUCUCUAAAGAAGGUGCCAAAGCUUUUUGAUUGCUGCAGGUAACUGAAACAAACCUAGCAUAUUUUCCCCUCUUUUAAAAAAUGAAGUUAAUGUAGGGCUUUAAAAUUUUGAAGGUUAUCUGAGGUUUGGGGUUUAUUGAUUGGAAACACCAAACAGUGAAUUGGGCUAUGAAGAUCAGGGGCGAGCACUAUCAAAUGAGUUGGAAACUUCCCUUCUCAUUUCUAUUUGCAAACCUUUAAGUCAAGAGAAGCCCAGAAUGCUAAGGAGAUUCACUUUUGGAAGAGGAGGGCUGGACCUUACAUUUUAACAGGGGGCUUUUUUGCUGUUACCUUCUGCUAGGGACAAAAGAUAUUAGGCCUGGGAGGGAAGAAGAAAAAAACAGCAAAAACAUUCAUGAAGUGCUGGUUGUACCUGACUUUGAUUCCUCCCAGGCUUCUAGAACAAGCCAUGUUUGCCUAGUUUGGAAUUGUCUCCUUGAGAGAAGGGAGGCCUCUGCUGUGUGCUGAGGUGGCCCAGAGCACUCAGGAGAGGGUAAAGAAGGGACUAGCCAAAAAGAGAGAAUGUAAACUUGUACAGUUGUGUGUGUUUAGAUACACUGUAGAAUAAUGUGGAAUAUAUUGUACAAAUAGUCUGCGUAGGUAUCCAAGAUUAUGUAACAUUGGUGCUUUGGCUUUGUAAAGAAUUUGCAAUCCACUAACAACAGCUGCGGCGGGGCAGGAAGAUCAUUUCUCUCAUCAUCCCCAUACCUGGGAAUGUUCUGUUUACUUCUUAGGUAGUUAAGAAUGUAUUCAGCGACCCUGUACUAACUUGAAAUGUGUUGAAGAGAACCCCUACUUCCUCUUUUCUUGGCCUCUUCCUAUUCCUCGCCAUCUUGGCAAUGUGAAGAAAUGAAAACCCGAUGCCACAGCUCCUAUAGGCUUUUUAGUGAUCUUGGAUUUUUAUGUACAGUCUUUAGUCAUUUUUAAUAAAUGUGGUUCAACGCGG